AUGGCUCGCAGGUACUUGGGGCUCCAGGGCAGCAAGUUGCAAAUCUCUAUCGGGCUUAUCGCCGGUAUGGGUUUUUUGCUUUUUGGUUAUAAUCAGGGUGUCACUGGUCGCCUUCUGACCCUUAAUCCCUUCAUCAAAUACUUCCCUACGAUUGCGCUUAAUGGUAUUGGCGCCGCCACUUACAACUUGGGAUGCUUCGCCGGAUCUAUUCCAACUAUCUGGGUUGGCAGUUGGCUGGGUCUGCGCAAGACUAUCUUCCUUGGUUCAUUUAUUAUGGUUGUUGGAACUCUGCUGCAGUGCACCGCGUUCCACCUGCCCCAGCUGAUCGUUGAACCCUUAGUUACUGGUUUCGGUGAGUACUCAGAAGCGUGGGCAAAUGAUAUACUCAGCUAA